CCUCUGUUGGCAUGGGCUGUAAGUGCCGGACACUGUCCACAGCGGGCAGCGGAAGGGUCAGGCGAGCCUUGGAGAAGAGAUGCCCGGCAAGCGAUCAGAGGAGGAGCAGGCGGAGGUGGGGGCAGCAGAGGCUGGAGCUGACGCGGGCCUGGGGGGCCUCACGGCAGAGGAGCUGCAGCAGGGCCAGGAGGCAGCCCUGGAGCUGGAGGACAUGAUGGCGCUGAGCGCGCAGGCCCUGGUCCAAGCCGAGGUGCAGGAGCUCUACGAGCAAGUGCGGCCCUUGGGCAAGGGCCGCUUCGGACAGGUCCUGCUCGUCACCCACCGUCAGAAAGGUACCCCCCUGGCGCUGAAGCAGCUCCCCAAGGCCUCCACUUCCCUCCGUGGCUUCCUGUAUGAGUUCUGUGUGGGCAUGUCGCUGGGCACGCAUUCAGCCAUCGUGGCGCCGUAUGGUAUCGGCAUCGAAUCGGCUGACUCCUACAGCUUUCUGACGGAGCCUGUCCUUCACGGGGACCUCAUCGCCCUCAUCCAGCCCAAGGUGGGCCUCCCGCAGCCGGCAGCCCAGCGCUGCGCAGCCCAGCUGGCCUCGGCCCUGGAGCACAUUCACUCCCACGGCCUGGUGUACCGGGACCUCAAGCCAGAGAACGUGCUAGUGUGCGACCCGGCCUGCCGGCACAUCAAGCUGACCGACUUCGGCCACACACGGCCCCGAGGGACCCUGCUGCGCCUGGCAGGGCCGCCCAUCCCCUACACGGCCCCCGAGCUCUGCGGUCCCCCACCCCUCCCCCAGGGCCUGCCCAUCCAACCUGCCCUGGAUGCCUGGGCGCUGGGCGUCCUCCUGUUCUGCCUUCUCACUGGCUACUUCCCCUGGGACCAGCCCCUGGCCGAGGCCGACCCGUUCUACGAGGACUUCCUCCUCUGGCAGGCCUCGGGCCAGCCUCAGGACCGUCCCCAGCCCUGGGGUGGCCUGACGCCUGUGGCAGACACUCUCCUGUGGGGGCUGCUGGACCCUCGGCCCCAAAGGAGGAGCCCCGUGGGCUCUGUCCGCCCCUACCUGGGGCGGCCCUGGAGGCAGCGGGAGGGGGACGAGGAGGAGGUGGACUAGCCGGCUGAGGGGGCCUGGCGGGCCUGCUGUGCCGUGCCCGCCUCUGUCUGCGUCCCCUCGUCCUGGGGCUUGGCCAUGCUCCUUCCCUCACCUCCCCCAACCCCAGGCUUGCCCGCCUUGGAGGCCUUCCCUCAGCACCCACGGCCACACUGUGGCCGACCCUCACUCUCCCCUGCCAGCCCUUCCUUGGCGACGCUCACUCCUCGGGGGCCCUGUGCCCUCUGGGUGCCGCCUGGGCCUGGCGCACACACACACACACACACACACACACACACACACACACACACGCUCCUCCUCGUCUCUCUUGCUGGGUCCCCUUCACUCUCUCUGCCCUUUUUCGGCCACGCACGUGCUGGGUCGAUGCUCUCUUGAUAACAUGCUUCCUCUCCUCUCCCCCAGCCUCCCCCUGCAAAUAAAACCCAUGUGAUGCUCUGG